AUGGCGAAAUUAAGUCUCCAAAAGGGAAAUACUAGGCUAGCACCAGUAGUUAACAUGUAUGGUUUGGUGGAUCCAACAGAGAUCCAUAGAGUUUUUCUUAUGUUCGAUCGAAAUGGAGAUGGAAAAAUUACGCUGAAGGAGCUAAGCGAUUCGUUGCAAAAUAUGGGAAUUUACAUUCCUGAAAUGGAAUUGGUGCAAAUGAUUGAUAAGAUAUAUAUAAACAGAGACGAAUUUGUAGACAUGGAGGAAUUUGGGACAUUAUAUCAGUCGAUAAUGGAUGAGAAAGAUGAAGAAGAAGAUAUGAGAGAAGCUUUCAACGUGUUCGAUCAAAAUGGUGAUGGAGUCAUCACGGUGGAGGAAUUGAGAUCCGUUUUGUCAUCGUUGGGUUUGAAACAAGGAAAAACCCUAGAAGAUUGUAAAAGAAUGAUCAUAAAAGUUGACGUGGACGGUGAUGGAAUGGUUGAUUACAAGGAGUUUAGACAAAUGAUGAAACGUGGUGGAUUUGCUUCUUUGUGCUAGCUAGCUAGCUCAAUUAAUAAACAAAGUAAUUAUUAAAACAUUUGAAAUGAAUGAUAUUAAAAGUAGUCAAUUAGCCUUUUGUAUAUGGAGCUAAGGCACAACUUACCUCUUAAUUAAGUCCUAAAUAGUUUGAUCAAAUAUACAGUUGUGUGUAUGACUUUUUCAUCUUUUCAUUUUCUUUUUUCUUGUUAAUAUUGUUAUAAAAAAGUCAAUUGCAUUUUUGAGAUUUA